AAGGCAAGGGGAGAAGGGAGGACCGGGCGGGGAGGCGGCGAGAGGCCGGGCGGGAGAGGAGGGCGGCAGCUCGGCACGGAGGGACGGGACGGGACCCGGCGCCCCGCGGGCCAUGCGCCUCCUGGCCGCGGCGCUGGCCGCCCUGCUGGCCACGGCCCCGGCCCCAGAUGUUUGUGAGGCUUUAAAUGUGACAGUCUCUCCCGGACCAACAGUGCGAUACUCCGAGGGAGAUAAUGCUACCCUUUACUGCCACAUUUCUCAAAAGAGAAAGACAGACAAUUUGCUGGCUGUGCGGUGGGUCUUUGCUGCAUCACCUACCCAGGAGUACCUGAUGAUCAAAAUGACAAAGUUUGGGUCUGUCCAGUACUAUGGAAAUUAUACUCAUCAUUUCCACAAGCAAAGACUUCAUCUCCUUAAAGAGAAACAUGGAACUAUGUACAAAUUUCUUAUUCUAAGCCUCCAGCAAACAGAUCAAGGACAUUAUAUAUGCAAAGUCCAGGAAAUUGGCAAACACAGGAAUAAGUGGACAGCAUGGUCAAACGGCACAGCAGCUACUGAAAUCCGAGUGAUUUCAAAAUCUUCUGAUGAUCCCACUUUCAAGAAAAACCAUGAUGCUUGGAAGUUUUUUGAAGAUCUGUACGUGUAUGCCGUCUUCGUGUGUUCGAUAGGAAUCGUCAGCGUCCUCCUCUUUACACUUGUCAUUCUCUGUCAGUCACUCCUGAACAAGAGGAGAUCCACAGUGAAGCAUUACCUGGUGAAAUGCCCCCAGAACAGCUCCGGGGAGACAGUUACCAGUGUGACAAGCACGUCCCCUCUACAGCCCAAGAAGGUAAAGAAAAAGAAAGAGAGAGUGGAGCAGCCACCAGCCAUCCCAGCAAAAGCUCCGAUAGCCAAUAAUUUUCCUAAGCCCAAGCUCUUGAAACCUCAAAGAAAAUUGAUCCUGUCUCUCCUUAGGAUGUGAGAUAUCCAUAGGACCCUGAAUAUCAUUUAUACGUUGAGGUGGACACUCAGAACACAACAUAUUCCAAACUGCUGAGUUAUAUGCGUGCUUUCCCAUUCAGAUCACAGGUUGCUAUCUUUGCCCCAAAAAGGACCAGUUUGUAAAAAUACAUAAAAUCUCUUUCUAGAAUUGUGCUAAGAUUUGUGUAUUUACAAAAUCCCAUAGCAGAUAAUUUUUUUUUUUUUGUGAUAACACAGUUGGAGUAAUAAAAGCGUCCCCAGAAAACUGAAAACCCUUAAUUACUUCCUUGGGCCUUCUUGAAGGAUAAGAAGUCAGCCUGAUUUCCAGCAAAGUUGGUUUAGAAUCCCAGCAUAUCUCUGCAAUUGUAAAAGGAAUAAAAUAUUGGCAAAGGCUUCCCCAAAAGCUGUUAAAACAGGAUGGACAAACCUCUGCCAGGUAUAUUUAACUCUGUUAAUGAAGAAAGUUGGAUGGGCUCACCCCUUAGAGCCACAACCUGCCCUACAUUUGUGGGAUUUUGUUUCUUUAAAAUAAAGUCAUUCAAUGGGACUUAAUAAAUCAUCUUUGUCCCUGACUUUGUUAUCAUAACUUCUGUGGGAUUCAAUAACAAAAUUAGAUGCAAUGCUGAAAGAGGCCUCACAAAUUGUUGUAGAUACCAUUUCCAGGGAGUCUGGGAAGUAUUUUUUACUCUAGAGAGCAAAAAAUAGGCGUCUUAGUGGAAAGAACCUGUUUGUUUAAACUGAUAGUGGCACUAAAAGUUAUAUUUCCUACUCCCAGCAUUUUCCAAUGUCAAUAUUUCUCAGCUUUGGCACUGAGAAGACAAUGGCUCCCUUGAUAUUUCAGCGCUCUUACUGGCCAACAGUUGCAUUUCUAGGGGAUAACUCAUCUUGCAGAUCCAGCUUCAGUUUUUCAUGAAGGUCUGCAGAAGUAAUUUUUGAAGCUCCUCUCUUCCAGGGGAAUCUCUGGCUUUCUGCCUGCAAUCAAGGCACUGACAUUGGUAAACAGCCCCAGCUCUGAAGAGAAAAAAAUUAAAUAAAAUCCCUUUCUGACUCCUGAGUUAAGCUACUGCCUUGAUGAGGGAGCCGUCCCACCGAAGCUCAAAGGGUAUGAGCACGAAGUGUUUGGCCCUGAGGAGCACCACUGAUUUCAGCACAAGAAAGACCGCACAUUCUAGAGAGUGGUUUUCCAGUGUAUGUUAAAAAAACAGGACUGUCAAAGGCUAAUCCUUUUCUCUCCGAAGCUGCAGUGAGUUUCCUCAAUACUAACUUUGCAAAAUCCUGCCCAACCCCACUGCCAGCAUGUGCUGUCUCCCCCUCCCCGGUGGCCCAGGCAAGGGAGUUGCAGCCUGUCCAUCACACGUGCUGAAUUCAGAACACUCUUGCCGUCACCUCCGUAGCUGGCGCCCCAGCGAUGGCCAAGCUGGCAGCCAUACACCAUCCCCUUCCACAGCUUCCCAAAAAAACCCCAACCAGAUGCUUAGGAAAAGGAGAUGUGCAGAGGAAAAGAUGGGCUAAGCCCCUUCGCCUUCACUUGCACACGGCAUGCGGUUUCCUCCCAUCUCGGCAUUCACGCGGAGAGAAGCAGCAAUCUGUCCCUGUGGCCAAAGCCCAUCCAGUUGGCCUGGAGAGCCCCGUCUAGACGCUUUCUGACUGAGUGUGCUCAGGCGGUGACACAGGAUGCUCCCGAGCUGUGCCAUCUGGACAGUAUCCGCAUUUUUCCUGUGGAGCUCUUUAGAGUGUGAAUACAAAACAGGAUGUUUCUCAAAUAUGAAAGGGAAAAGGACAAAGAUCUGAGUCUGCCCUCUGCAAGAGAAAGGGAGAGAAAAAAUGGUAGUUCAGCAUGCGCUUGCUAAGAAAGAGCUACUUCACGGCACUCGGGCAGGGCUGCUUGCUUUGUGCUGCGGAGUAACCUGGAGAGACGCGCAGUUCCCAGAAACUGGCUCAAACAAACCUCACCACCACCUCUUGACGCUGUACCUCUCCCAUCUGCAUUUCCUACAGCAUCCCCCUGGCACCGCAGGGCGCACCCUCCCGCACAGCGUGGCCAGUCCAUAGGUGGCAAUUUGCCAUGUACGGGCAAUCAGACCAGCAAACCUAUGCAUAACCGGCAAGGUUUUAUCCUUGCUGACCUAAUCCGUUCACCCACGAGCACUGGGCGUGCCGGUGCGGGCGGGGUUUCAUCUGCAAGGGCUGCUGCAGGAAACCUGAGUUACUAAAAAUAUUACGAAGCUCUGACUGGAACCUGGGACACAUGCUUGUUAAAUCCAGAAAGCUGAGAGGUGAAACUUCUGUUUGGUCUAUAAACAUGAUUUGCGUGCCCUGGUCCCAUGCGAAAGUCAUUCUGCGUCAUAUCCCAAACAAAAACUCCAUCACAUGUGAUCAUACAGACAAGGCAAAUGUCUGCAGCAAAAGUUACUAAAAUUUAAGAUUGAAGCGAACUGGGAAGUGAGCCCUUUUCUGCUUAUUUUUGAUAGUAAACUAGAAUUAGGGGAUUAUUAAUUUUUUUUAAAUAAGAAAUUCACAUUCAUUUUGUCUUCAUGAUAACUGGUGUGGUCAUGGAACAGUGAGAUUGCAGCAAUCCACAAGUGCAAGUUGGCAUCAGUUGUUUCUCCAGACAAAUUUAUGAGGUUAUUAUUUGCUUGCUUUCUUCAUACCUAAUUACAAAUUUAGAUAAAAGUAGUCUCAUUUAAAACUUCAAGAGCUUUCAGCCUGACAGUGCUCACAGUAAACAUCCUUGAGGCUGCCAAGAAACAAACCAGCUAAGCCUAGGAAGAGCAAAGCUGACAUCCCUGGUAACGACGACAUAAAAAUCAGAGGAAUUUUCAUUAAAAAGCCCAGCCAUUCUAGGUGAUUUCUAAUGCAUCUACAUACAGGACAAACCCAAUAGAAGCAAAACUAUAUAUAUACACACAUACUUUAGUUUCUUUUAAAUAUUCACGAUAGACUUUGGAGAUUGUUUAUUAAGAAAAAUGUUCCUGUAAGUGAACUCUUUCAAAUAGUUGCCCCUGGGAACCCCUGUGACUGGAAUAAACUAAAUUUAAACUGGAAGAAGUCUGGAAAAGGAAUAAUUUUGCAUUUGCCAGAAGAUACACUGGAAAGCGAUGACUCUUCCCAGUUUACAUUUCUGCAAAAUGUGUGAUCCCAAGAUGAGAAAACAGACAUACAAGAUAAAGGCUAGAUCUAGAAACGGCACAUUGGAAUGGAAUUCUAUUUGAAGAAAUCAUCUCAAAGUUAUUUUAGAACAAUGGUGUAAUUUUUCGGGAAAGGCUGUUGUAGCCACAGAAAUCCCAUCGACCUCCGAAGCGAAGAGCCAGGAUGGAAAGAGAGAGGUGAAUGGCCAGUCCUUCACUGUCGCCUCCUCUUCUGCCCUAGUAUCAGUCCCACCUAUAACAUCAGUUAUUAAAGUCACGCCAUUGCUCCAAAGAGGAGGUGGUGGCAGGACUCCAGCUUUACACUGCCAAAAUGCUAUCCCAUCCAAAUGAGAGAUGAAACUGUAGAAUUAGUUUUUUUUUCCCUGCCUGUUCAGAAAAAAAAAAAAUUGGUUUUGGACAAACAAACCAGCAAAAUCAAAUUAAACAUGUGGUUGAUAAAUGAAGUAGAGAAGAGCGUACGGAAUAAAGCCCUGGCUACCAUAGGUACGUUAAAGUAGGGUUGGCUUCCGUGCACUGUUAUUACGCAUCCUUUGCUGAAAAACUGUAUACCCUUCACAAUUUUGAACCUCCUGUGUGUUUCCUCAUAUUUUCAAUCAAAUUAUUACAUACUAGAAAUAUGCAUAAGGGAAAUUAUUCUACACAUUUUAUGGUGUGCUGUUGCUUGUAGCAGUAAUUGAAGUACCUUUUCCACUUAUGAAAGUACUAAUUUUAUUUGGUUUUAUUGCUUUUCUAGAUGCAAUUAUUUAUUUAGUGUGUUUUGGUUUUAUUAAAUUAUGUUUACUAUAGGAACAUCAUAAAAAUGUAUGAAAGCUACACAUCAGCCACUACUGCCCAAUGACCUGUUUUGGGGAAUCUAGUGUUAUUUUUCAUAUCCAAACAUAAUAGAAUAAAGUAAGAAUAAAAAGAUAAUCUACACUGGAAAACAAUGCAAUUUUGAGAUAAUGUAAUAAAACACCUGGACAAUAUGAUUUCAUAAAUCUUAGUUCUAAAAUUUACAUGAGCUGGGCGUUGGGGUGGCUAUUUUAGGACACACGGCAUUUUCUAAAUGGAAACGUAACAUGAAAUACAAUUAAACAGCAAAGGGGGAAGCAUGUACAGAUUUAGCUUGCCCCGAGCAACUGAUUUCUACAGAACAAUGAAAAUAUUUCUACUUCAAAAGAUGCACUGGGUCAGCCUGAGGGAAUGUAGAGUUUUACGUUGGCAGUGACCAACAGCUCGUUUGUAAAGUUUCAUCAGGUUCAUUUUUAGGCGGCUUUUCGCGUGCAGCGUAUCAUUCUGCGUUGAGGGUCUGAGGUGACACGCACUGAAGUUGGCAGCAAAACUCCCAAUACCUUCAAACAGAGACCAGACGUGCUAUCAUACACCGAUAAUAAACAUUUGCUGGUGUUAUUGUGAUGUCCAGCCUCAACUUAUCUCCUGUAUUUAGCCUCUGUGCUACCUGCUGGGCAGAUGGGCAAAUAUCGUUUUGAAAUCUCAAAAGGAGUCUUUAACGUAUCAUAAAAGGCAAGAACAACUUAAAUGCCUAGAAAACUGAGGCUGAUGCUCUCCGGCUAGAAAAAAGCAGGGAAUAUAAAAAUUAAGUAUCAGAGUGGUUGACCAAGAGUUUUCUCUUAACUUUUUAAGCCAAAGCCAGUAUAGGACAGAUGUCUUUAUAAACAUCGCGGUUCAGUCCAGUCGCGAUACACGAACAGAGAAAAUAAAUGCGUGAUUCUAUUUCUGUUACAUACGAGAUCAGGCUGGGAUCCACAGGAAGUUCUUUUACAUAAUUACACCGGAGAAUUCAAUGAAAGUGGGACAUUUUCUGUGUAGUCAACAGUGGAGCAUUUGAUAGUGAAUGAAGACUGGAAGCUGAGAUCAAUAUAGGACUACCCAGGCAAGAGGGGGAGGGAGGGGAGACCGUGUGAAUAAUCAAAUGCAGAGAUUACAGUCCUGCAGACACUUCGCCCUGCAGACGGCCUUUACUCACUUGCAGAGACCAACUGACUUCAGUGACACCUCUUGCAGCAGCAGCUGCACGAAGCAUUUCAGCAUCAGACCUGCAGAGAAGAAAUAAGAUUAAAUUAAUGCUGGAAAAGUGGAAACUGAUCCACCCAUAGGGAAACAAUCUGAAAUGCAGAGUGUGAGCAACUGUCAAGCCAAAAUGAGAGGGUUGCAGAGCAAUGCAGAAGACAGGAAGCAGGGGAGCACGGGGACUGAUUUCAGAGGAUAUUAGAUGUUUAUCUUUUUAGCCAGAAGACAAUUUAAUAAUUAUUCAAACACAUUUCAAGGAAACAGGAAUCAUUUAUGUUAAAUCAGAAAAAAAUAAAUAGCAGUAAAUGAAACAUAAAGGAAACUCUUGGCGUUAGAAAAUAUUGCCAAUUUCUUCAUUAUAACAUUUAAGUUCUGUACAGAAAUUCUUGGUUUAUGAACUCUGAGCCAGUUUUCAGUUUACAACUGGCAAAGCCUUCCUUGGUCUCAGAGAUACCACCUUUUCUACAAUAUAGGCUUGUGACUGCAAAAAUUUGCAUGGCUGAAAUGUUUUUUUUUUUUAGUUUUGUCCUUUUUAGGCUUAAACUUGAGGACAUCAGUUAUGUUCAGGUAGAACACAGUACCCAAGAAGCUAAAAGAACAAAUUCUCCAGCUCUUCACUCGCAAAGGGCCUUAGCACUUCACCCAUUUCAGCGAGCACAGACUUUAAUCUUCCAGAGAUGAGCUGAAAUCAGUUUCAGGUACCAGGGCCCCACUUACAAUUCCACAGCAACUCUUUUGGUUGUUGCUAUAUUUUCAGACAUGAAUUUGAUAUCACAGAACCACAGAGUGGUAGGGGUUGGCAGGGACCCCUGGAGCUCACCCCGUCCCACCCCUGCUUGAGCAGGCACCCCCAGAGCAGGGGCACAGGGCCGCGUCCAGGCGGGGGGUGAAUGUCUCCAGGGAAGGGACCCCACAGCCUCUCUGGGCAGCCUGUGCCCCUGCUCUGGCACCCGCACAGGGAAGGGGUUUGUCCUCAUGUUCAGGGGGAACUUCCUGUGUUUUCUGUUUUCUUGAUAAUAUAUCUCUUAGCUAAGUUUCGUAGUUUUAAGUCUAAAGCUCAACCAGCGUAAUACAUCGGCCAGCUUUGGUGGUAUGGCCUUUGCUCUGAACUCUGAAGUCAUCUACAGCAUGGCAAAAGUGAUGAAAACCCUUUGGAAUGACAGUAACCCAAUUCUGUCAAUUUUUGCUGCCUUCUGCAUAUUUUUAACAUGUUUUUUGAUUCUCUUAAGAACUGUGAGUGGCUGUGAUUAGGGAUGUAACUGGUCCAAGGUUAACAGCUGGGAAACAAAUCUGGUAUAUAUCUUUCAAAUUGUGAAAUCUGCAAUAACUACAAUUAAAUCGGGGAAUUUAGGAUUAAAGAAAGUGAACAUUUUGCUAAUGCACAUCUUUCAAAUUUGCAGUAUUUGAAUUGUCAAACCAAUAUGUUCCGUGUUUGGGAAACAAGGAGAAAUUGGAAAUGAACCUGAAAAUCCUACUUUUUCCUCUUUCUUAUCUUUAAGAUUAUGUUUAUUUCAUCUUCUGUGAACUAACUAGUACAGACUAAACUGAUUAACAGCACAGAAAAAUCAUCAUGGGUGAGAAAAGAAAUAUAGCCCACUCUGUAGAAUACUUAGGGUGUCUUACAUUCAGUAUUAACUACGUUAUAACUGUUAUUUGUUGGUUCUGU